AUGUGGGCGUAUCGCGGUGAUGAGGAACUUCAUAGCGAGUGUUCUUACCGCGACUCAACAAGAGUAACGGCAGAGAGGGGAGAAUAUUACAGUUCAACUUUGACCAUUAACGUCACCGAAAUCUUAUCAAGAGUAAUCCAAAAUACUGGCUUCAUCGAGUUGCUGGAGGUGGAGAAUGGAUACGAGUGUGAAACGUUACUGAAGUGCAAUCUCAUAGAGUCGACCUCUCCACAUAAACACUCCAUCGAGUUCCACAGCACUAAAUUCGGUAGUGCCAAGUUGGCAUGUGAUGUGGUGAACUUUGCCCGCUCCGGUGUCCGUCAGCACAAUGGUACGUAG